UUACACACACAACACACACUGUAUAUAGAAGUGUAGCAAAAAUCGGAGCCAGGAUCCAGCGCACAGUUUACAGAGUUUACAGAGUGGCACACAGCACAGUGAGCACAAAACACACAAUAUUAAAUAAUAAUUUAUCCAAAAUGGUGCUGCUGUUGUCGAUCGUCUCUUUUACAUUUUCUCUUUUAUUAACUCCUUUCUUCAUGAUUUCUUUGGGACUGAUAUUUAUCGCAUCCAUCGGGAAGUCCCUCGGGAUACGCAAGCUUUAUAUUAAAAUGUUGCUCACGUUAUUUGAAUAUGGAAGAUUGAACAUUGAAAAAGUCCGGCUUCAAGGAAAAACUCAGGACGACAAAAACAAACAAGACAAAGGUGGCGGCGGUGGCGAGUUCAAUUAUUCGACAGAUAGUUUUAAUUCGUCAUUUGAAACUGACGAUGGAAAAUUUAAAAAUGGAUCUUUGGGAAACACUGUAAUUGCAAGGUCCAGAGAUCUUAUUCUUGUACCUGAACCAGAACAGAAGAACAAAAAUAAUGAGGAUAAGUCGAGUAAAAAAGACCCACAGACUGAUGAAGAUGUUAAUGAUAAGGUAAAAAAUAUGAAAAAUUAUGAAAGACAAUCGUCUUUUGAAACACUACACACGGUCUUUGAUCCGACCUUUUGUUUUGAUUAUAUAAAGGCUGGUGUUGAAGCUAUUAUUGAAGAUCAAGUUACUUCACGAUUUGAAGCUGAAGAAUUAAAAAAUUGGAAUUUACUUACUCGCACAAAUAGACACUAUGAAUUUAUUUCAUGGAAAUUGACAGUAAUUUGGAUGUUUGGAUUUAUUUUGAGAUAUUUUUUUCUUCUACCUCUUAGAAUUUUUAUUUUUUUUUUCGGGGUAAUGUGGCUGACAAUUUGUACUGCAAUAGUCGGUUACGUCCCGGAAGGAAACUUCAAACGUUGGUUGAAUCACAAAGUAUCGAUGAUGUGCUUUGCAAUUUUGUCUGGGGCCCUUUCCUCGGUAAUUAACUAUCACAACGCUGAGUACAAGCCUGUGAGAGGUAUUUGCGUCGCUAAUCAUACCUCUCCGAUUGAUGUGCUUGUUUUGAUGUGCGACAAUUCUUACUCUUUAAUUGGGCAGCGUCAUGGAGGAUUUUUAGGAAUUCUUCAGAGAGCUUUAGCACGUGCGUCUCCACAUAUUUGGUUUGAACGAUCGGAAGUUAAGGACCGUGAAGCUGUUACUAAAAGAUUAAAGCACCACAUCUCUGAUCCAACAAAUCCGCCAAUCUUAAUAUUCCCGGAAGGUACUUGCAUCAACAAUACCUCUGUAAUGCAAUUUAAAAAAGGCAGCUUUGAAGUGGGAGGUGUUAUUUAUCCAGUAGCUAUAAAAUACGAUCCAAAAUUCGGCGAUGCUUUCUGGAACAGCAGUAGAUACUCAAUGUUACAAUAUUUAUAUAUGAUGAUGUCCAGUUGGGCUAUUGUGUGCGAUGUCUGGUACUUGCCACCGAUGUACAGAGAUACGGAUGAGAGCGCUAUUGAUUUUGCCAAUCGCGUUAAAUCUGUUAUUGCUCGACAAGGUGGCCUCGUUGAUCUUCAAUGGGACGGCCAGCUUAAAAGAAAUAAGCCAAAAAAAGAGUGGAGAGAAAAACAACAAGAAGAACUAAGUAAACGUCUGAAAGUAGAAUAAUUAAAAUAAUAACUUAUUACAAUUAUACUAGGUAUGUCAACACUGGUCUAAUUUAUACAAAAGAAAGAAAAAAAAAAACAAAGUGAUAAAGAUUAUUAUAAUUAUUGAUGAAUAAUGUAUGAUACCUGUUAAUAUUGUGUAAAUGAUGGCACUGGGGUUUGUUUUUUCUUUUUUAAUUAAUGUACUGUGUGUGUGUGUAUAUAUAUAAUGCAAGCUAGUGUAAUUUUUCACGUACAAAAUAUUGUUUAAAUUCACCUUGUCAUAAAUAAAUUAUUAAUAAGAA